GAACUAGCACAUUGAAUGAUUAGCUUUUGAUCACACUGGAUAACAUCAUCUUUCGAAUUACUGCACUGCAGCCACCCUUUUACUACAUCCGACAAAUGACAGAAUGUUGAUCGGCGGCUGUGUGGAGUUCCGACCAUCUGCAGAGGCGGUAUUUCGGAAAACAUGUCCUGCUCAGUUUUAUUGGACAGCAAUGCCAAACCAAAGUCCAUGAGUCGAGCCAAGCAGUGGACAGGUGAGGUGGAGAACCUGUACAGAUUCCAGCAAGCUGGAUACAGAGAUGAGCUGGAGUACAGACAAAUCAAGCAAGCGGAGAUUGACCGCUGGCCAGAGACCGGGUUUGUGAAGAAGCUUCAGCGGCGAGAUAACACAUUCUACUAUUAUAACAGAAAACGAGAGUGUGAAGACAGAGAGGUCCAUAAAGUGAAAGUAUAUACAUACUGACAUCCCGACCAAACCAGCACUUAUGCCAAUUGAAUAUUUUUUUUUAACCAUUGUCUUUGUCUUAAAAUCCAUGAGCCGAGAUUGUUUAUCUUUGCAAUCUGAAUAAUUUUUUUUUUAUGUGAACUAACUAUAUAAAGGUGAAUGACCAGUCUGCUUUUCCACCUUACAAUUCUUAUGCUUCAAACCAGCAGUUAAACGUAGACAUAUUUAAUAUAUCCUACUUUCCCCCCUGCUAUUACAAUUGUAUACAUAAGUGAUCAAAUUUUAGAACAUUAUAAAAAAUAUUAAUUGGAAAGCACUUGUGCAAUAGAGUCCUAUCAUAACUGUGUAUAUGUCUUUCUUGCUCUCAGGUUUUUAAAAUGUUGUCUUUGACUGGAAGUUUAUGAAGCACAACAUUUAAAAAGACAAGCUCCACAAACCAUGUGGCCAAAAAACCUUUAAUGGCAUGGACAUACAGUAAUAGAGUAAUCAAUUAAUGUGCAAUAUUAUAAUAUUAAUACCAAAACUGUUUGAGGCAAUGAAGUGGGUAAGAAUGAAUACAGCGUUGUUAAUUGAUUUUUCAUGAGAUUACACAUUUUGGCAUUAAAGGAAUAGUUCACCCAAAAAUGUACUCACCCUCAUGCCAGAUGUGUGUGAUUUCCUUUUUUCUGCAGAACACAAACAACGAUUUUUAGAAGAAUAUCUCAGCUCUGUUGGUUAUUUCAAUGCAAGUGAAU